UCCCGGGGGCGGGCGGACCGUCCCGCCCGCCGCGUGUGACCGGCCGUGCCGUGCCGCUGCCGCUCCGCUCCCGCCCGGCUCCGAGAUGCCGCUCCUCAGCGUGCCCAAAGAGGUGGCCGUCGGGACGGCGAUGCUGGGGAUCGCCUUUGCCACGGGUGUGCUGGCAGGUAAAAGAUACCCUUCUUUAGUUUUUGGGACACCCAAGUCAUCCAAGAGUUUAAUUGCAAAAAACAGCCCUCUCUGGCAAUACAUACUGGAUCACUCUCUGCGGGAACAUCCAAUUCUAAAGAAGCUGCGUCUGCUCACCCUUGAGCAUCCCUGGGGCAGAAUGAUGGUGUCUUGUGACGAGGCUCAGCUUAUGGCAAACUUGGUCAAACUCAUUAAAGCCAAGAAAGUUAUUGAAAUAGGUGUUUUCACAGGUUAUAAUGCCUUGAAUAUGGCACUUGUCCUGCCAGAUAAUGGCCGAGUUAUUGCCUGUGAUAUAAACGAGGACUAUGCCAAAAUUGGAAAGCCACUGUGGAAGGAGGCAGGAGUAGAGCAUAAAAUUGACCUGCGGAUUAAGCCAGCAAUUCAAACACUUGAUGAACUGCUGGCCAGCGGAGAAGCGGAAACCUUUGACUUUGCCUUCAUUGAUGCGGAUAAGGAAGGCUACAAUGAGUACUAUGAAAAAUGUUUGCGACUCAUAAGGAAAGGGGGAAUAAUAGCCAUUGAUAAUGUCCUUUUUGGUGGGAACGUGCUAAAACCAAGAAAGGAUGACUUGGCAGUGCAGAGCAUCCACCGCCUCAACGAGAAGCUGCUCCGAGAUUCCCGCAUCAGUAUCAGCAUGCUCCCCAUGGCGGAUGGAGUCACACUGGCAUUCAAGCUGUAGCUCCAGGAAGCCCAGCAGAUGGGAAAUAACGAGCAGCGUCGAAUCCUCAGGAAAAAUGCCAGUGGAGCAGUAUCAAAAAUGGUAAUUUAACCUUUAUCUCCACUGGAUAGCAUAGCCUGGGAAAGUAGACUUUAGGAGCAGCGGUGUCCUAAGGGUGGCUAAGUAGAGAAGAAAGACUUAUUUUGAGAACUACUGUGGUUUCUUAUUUUAAUUGUAAUAAAGCAAAUAAACUCAUGGGAAAUGUUUCUUGUAA